AUGAAAACUUUGCUGCUUUCCAAAGUUGACGAUCCGUGUAAAGUUGGGGUCUGUCCACCAAUUUGUUUUAAAUCAAAGUCUGACGAAUCAUUCGGUAAAUGUUACAAGAUGGAUUUCUGCAUAAGGUUCAUGUAGCACAAUGUGAGAUGAACCAAGGGACCAACGGCAACAUGCUGAUCAAAACAUGCAGUAAUGGUCGUGCAAAAGUGACCCAUGCAGUCGUGGUCAUUUUCUUGGAAUUCUUUGCCUGGGGCCUUCUUACAGCACCAAUGCUUACUGUGCUACAUGAAACAUUUCCACACCAUACAUUUCUUGUGAAUGGGCUUAUUCAAGGAGUUAAGGGUUUGCUGUCAUUUCUGAGUGCCCCUCUUAUUGGUGCUUUGUCAGAUGUUUGGGGCAGAAAGUCCUUCCUACUGCUGACGGUGUUCUUCACCUGUGCGCCCAUCCCCCUGAUGAGGAUAAGUCCAUGGUGGUAUUUUGCCCUUAUUUCAGUAUCUGGACUCUUCUCGGUUACAUUCUCUGUCAUAUUUGCAUAUGUAGCGGACAUUACAGAAGAGCGUGAAAGAAGCACAGCCUAUGGAUUGGUAUCAGCAACUUUUGCUGCAAGUUUGGUUACAAGUCCUGCCAUUGGAGCUUAUCUCUCUGCCACGUACGGAGACAGUCUGGUGGUAUUGGUAGCCACCAUCAUCGCUGUAGCUGAUAUUCUUUUUAUACUCCUGAUUGUGCCAGAGUCUCUCCCAGACAAAAUGAGACUGUCGUCAUGGGGGUUUCCCAUUUCUUGGGAGCAAGCUGACCCCUUUGCCUCUCUGAAGAAAGUGGGUAAAGACACCACAGUGCUUCUGAUAUGUGUCACAGUGUUUCUGUCAUACCUACCAGAGGCUGGACAAUACUCCAGCUUUUUCCUGUACCUAAGACAGGUUAUUAAGUUCUCAUCAGAAGCAAUUGCAGCAUUUAUAGCGAUGGUUGGAAUACUGUCCAUUGUUGCACAGACCUUACUCCUAAGUGUACUAAUGAGGAAGAUUGGAAAUAAGAAUACCGUAUUAUUGGGACUUGGCUUUCAGCUGUUCCAGCUGGCCUGGUAUGGCUUCGGGUCAGAGCCAUGGAUGAUGUGGGCAGCCGGCACAGUGGCUGCCAUGUCCAGUAUCACCUUCCCAGCAGUGAGUGCCCUGGUGUCACACUGCACAGAUCAUGACCAGCAAGGUGCAGUGCAAGGAAUGGUAACAGGCAUUAGAGGUCUGUGCAAUGGGCUUGGACCAGCUCUUUUUGGAUUUAUAUUCUUUCUCUUCAAUGUCGAACUGAUCGACUUGAACCCAGUGGAAAAUGGCGCAGCAUCAGCUGUCAUGGAUGAGAAGUCAGUAAUCCCGGGCCCUCCCUUUCUGUUUGGAGCCUGUACCGUUCUUUUGGCUCUGUUGGUAGCCUACUUCAUCCCAGAACACGACAGCCUGGCUGCAAAAACCUGCAGUGCGCAGGCCAUAACGGUACCAGACAAUGGAACCCAGUUGAAUAGUUCCGCUCCUGGCAGCGAUGAGGACAAUGAGCCCUUACUGCAGGACAGCAGCAUGUAGCCAACAAGUUCUGCCUGCAGCCUCAGUUUCCUUGGAGCACAUAGGAAAUGCAGUUUGUUUCCUCUCUAUAUUGUAAUUUGGAAAAAUUUGGACUAAACCUCUCAUUUUAUUUUGUUAUAUAUAAUAUAUUGCUCCCAGCACUGUUUUUUUUAAAUCAUGAGUUUUAACAUGGAAGUUUUUUUUUUGCCAGCUGAGAUGAACAAAGUUGUUACAUGUUAUGUUCUUUUUGGAGAAUGUCCCUUUGCUAUACUUUUGCAAAGUCAAUGUAUUUGUAUUUUCUUUAGUACACUCUGUGGAAUGUAUUUUGUUCAAUGAAUUACAGUUAACAGGCAUCAUACCACAGUCCUCUACUGAAGGACUUAGAAUUACAGUCAACAGGUAUCAAUACCUCAGUUCUCUAUUAAAGAAGAACUGAAAGACAAUCUAUAUGGGCUGAAAACCUUAAUGGGCUGAACAUUCUUAAUAUAGUGAGCAGCUUUGUAUUAACUAAGAAGCUAACUAAAUCUCUAAUAACCCUUUUAGAUAUGGUAUACAAACAGAGCAACUUGUGGUCAUGCACAAAAUGGUGUCAGCUUUGACAGCAAUAUAAUCGUCUUGAGACAAACGUAUGCAAACUGUACAAAAUAUAUUGCAUAACAGUCACAAUCAUGGCUUAAAUUGUCAAUUUCAAGAUCAUGUAUGUAUAUGUAAGGGGACAUUAAGUUUGUAAAUCCUGUUUGUAAUCACACCUUCCACAAAGACUGCUACCUCAAGCUGUAACAUUGAGCAUGGCUUAACCUUGCCUAAAUUUAAAAAGUGUUAUUUAUUAGCUUGAUAAAAUGCCCAUUGUCAUUUUACUUUACCUUAUUGUGCUUUCCAAAUUCAACAACUUUUUCCUGAUCUGCUUAAAAAAAUAACCCGCUCUAGACAUUCCUGAUCAAAUAUUCCAUUUUGAUCUGUGCAAUACUGUGCCACGUGCUGCUCCUUACACAAAAGUGUCAACAAUCGCUAUUGGUUAAAUGUCGAAUUCCAUAUCUGGUUAGAUUUAAUAAAAUGUCCAAAAAAUCCCUUUCAUAAGAGACAGGAUUGCAUGGGCACUGCUUGUUAUGGAGGAUGUCAGUGACUCAAAUUAAGUAGUGUUUACUUUUUUCUCUCAUGAUUUUCACUUAUGGUUUGUUAGGUGAGCUUUGUUAGGUGUAUAGGCAUCAUUUACAAAAUAUGGAAUUUAUAGCAAUUUUAUGGAAGUACUAUUCUAUAUGUGUAAUUAUAAAUAUACAGUGUGCUGGAAUGUCUUGACUACUGCACAUUUCAGAUUCUAUUUGCAAGAAACCACAGUACAAAAUAUAGUUGUAACUAUUUUUAUUGAGGCAAUCAAGAACUAUCCCAGUAGGUAUAUUUAUAUGUUUAUAUACUUAUAUUUUAGGCAAAACAUUCUCUUUUUUUCUUUUUUCUUUUUUUUUUAUAAAUACUGAGGCAUUGUGCCAUGUUUACCCUAUAUGCAGAAUUCUUAUAUGACUCCUAGAAAUUGUUUGCAGUGCUUCCUGGUAUUGCUGUCAGUGCAUAUGAUAUUCCCAAAGUAUGUUUUCUGCACAACAUGACAUUUGUUCAGUGUGCCUGUUGACCCAUUAAUUGCUCGUGUAAGUAAAACACCAAGUUCUUGUA